ACUCGGGCCUCGUGGGCACUGCGGAGGCUGAGUUAAAAGAGGAGAAGCCUCGCUAUUUUCCCAGUCUCGCGCGAUUUUCUUUUCAAACGUAUUUUUGUCCUUGUUCCGAGUCGAUCUUUGUGGACACGAAGUUCCGGAGCUCUUUAGAGCGGGCCGACCGUCUGAGUGAGGACACUAAAAAUUUCAUGCCUGUGGAGUAGCAUUAUCACGUGUGGAUUCCAUGUCUUUCCUUGUAAGUAAACCAGAACGAAUUAGGCGGUGGAUGUCUGAAAAAUUUAUUCUUGAGGGCUUAAGGGAAUUGGAGCUCUUUGGAGAGCAGCCUCCGGGUGAUUCUCGGAGAAAAACCAAUGAGGCAAGUUCAGAAUCAAUAACAUCUUCCCCAAAGAGGGACACCAUGAGCACUUACCUGCCUGACAUCAGUUGUUAUGAGUUACUGACCAUAAUAGGAAAAGGUUUUGAGGAAUUAAUGACUGUGAAUCUGGCACAAUAUAAACCAAGUGGGGAAUUUGUCACUGUCCGGAGAGUCAACUUAGAAGCCUGCACCAAUGAGAUGGUAGCAUUUUUGCAGGGUGAGCUUCACGUCUCAAAAUUCUUCAGCCACCCUAAUUUAGUGCCAUAUAAAGCAGCCUUCAUAGCUGACAAUGAACUAUGGGUUGUUACAUCAUUCAUGGCAUAUGGUUCUGCUAAAGAUUUAAUACGUACACAUUUUAUGGAUGGUAUGAGUGAACUAGCUAUGGCUUACAUCCUUCAAGGGGUAUUGAAAGCUCUUGAUUAUAUACACCAUAUGGGUUAUGUUCACAGGAGUGUGAAAGCCAGUCAUAUCCUGAUUUCUGCAGAUGGAAAAGUAUAUCUUUCUGGUUUGCGCAGUAACCUCAGCAUGAUCAGCCAUGGUCAGCGUCUCAAAGUAGUUCAUGAUUUCCCCAAAUUUAGCAUCAAAGUUCUACCAUGGCUUAGUCCAGAGGUCUUGCAGCAGAACCUGCAAGGCUAUGAUGCAAAAUCUGAUAUCUAUAGUGUAGGAAUAACAGCCUGUGAGCUAGCAAAUGGCCAUGUCCCGUUCAAAGAUAUGCCUGCAACACAGAUGCUUUUGGAGAAACUCAAUGGAACUGUACCUUGUCUACUAGACACAACUACUAUUCCUCCAGAGGAGCUGACUAUGAAGCCAUCACGCUCUGGAGCUAGCAGUAGUCUUGGAGAAGGCAUGGCAGCCAGCAAUACUAGAGCCUCUAAUGGUGAAGCAGCACUGCAUCCUUACCAUCGUACCUUCUCAUCAUAUUUUCAUAACUUUGUAGAGCAGUGCUUGCAAAGGAACCCGGACUUGAGGCCAAGUGCAAAUGCAUUGCUGAACCAUUCUUUUUUCAAACAGGAAUGGAGAUCAGACAUCGGGCAUCUGAAGCACUUCCGGAACUGCUAUAUCCUGUCAUGCCAAUUACCAGUUUUGAAGGGAUACAGACACAAGAUCCUAGCCAUCUAUUUGGAUUGGCUUCCAACAUGGAGCAACUUGAGAUGGAUGAUUGGGAAUUCUAGGAUACCAAUAGAGGAACAUUGUGAAAUAUUUUUUACAAAGCAAUCUGCUGAUUACACUGCAGUUUGUCUUUCUUAAGAAGUUGAUCUAGCUGACAUAUGCAUUGAAAUGAAGCCUGGACUUUGGGAGGAAAAAAAUAACAAUAUUGUAUUGAAUUCUGGUUCCAAGACAAUAAAAUAAUAUAUAUGCUAAGAGAUAACAGUGUUUAGUCAAAGGAACAUGGCUCAAUUGUUUUUUAAUCAAACCCAAAUCCUAGUCUUAUUGUAGGUUUACUAAUAGAUCCAAGGAACUGAGUGCCAUGCAUUCUUUAAAAAAAAAAAACCCCAAUAAAAAUCCACUUAGAAUUGCUUAGUAGCAGCAAAUAACCAUAUUGACAUAGGGUUAGAAUAUGAAGACACAUUUAAUUUGUAUCUAACAAAGGUAUUUUCUUUGGCAUUCCUUCCUAUAGUGAAUUGUCCCAAAUUGUGUAGUAAUCUUUCAUUCUUCUACAUACUUUCUUAAUCGUUGUUCAAUCAAACAUUGAGCCAAAUCUUUUCUGGCAAGCUGUACCAUUGCAGAUUUUAAGUACUCAUGUCUUAAACUGUAUUUGAUAGUUUUCUUGCCAAUAAAAGAUUUCUACAUUUUCACAAUGUUCUUCAAUAAAUGCUGCCGUUUAUGAACUCCCUGUAAUUAAAACAAAAUAGAAGCCUCUAAAUUAGGCUAGUAAGCCCAAUCGAUAUAUUUGCCAUUGAAACUUGAAAGGCAACAUAGUAGAAAUAUUUAUUACAAGGUUUGGAAUUAGUACAGUCCCCAAUAAA